UGAUCGAUCCGACGUCGUCGCCCGGCGUCGCGUGAUGCCUACGACGUUCUCAUUCCAAUAAAAAAAUUCUUAAUAAAAUAACCGGCCGUAUAUAACCUUUGCUUCAAUCAAAUUUAUCUAUAAAAGAUGAUAUAAUAACCAUGCACUCAAAGUACGUAAGUUUAUUAAACGAUGACUUUAGUUUUUGAGCGAUCGUCGAACGAUUCGCAUCGCAAAUUUUAAUUGUUUCUAAUUUGUAUUUAUAAAAAUAUAUUAUGCCAAGAAAUAUUCUUUUUAGCUAUGAAACGUUGGUUCAUGCUAUUGCCGGUGCUACCGGUAGCAUUUUUUCAAUGUCUGUUUUCUACCCGUUGGACACAAUUAGAUUUCGAUUACAAGUUGAAGAUAACAACAAUAAAAAUCUGAGUACUUUUGAAAUUUUAACACAAAUUCUCAAAACAGAAGGAAUUGAAGCCCUUUAUCGAGGAUUAGCUCCAGUUUUAGUGAGUUUAGGUGCCUCAAAUUUCGUUUAUUUCUAUUCAUUCCAUGGCCUUAAAGCUCUACAAAAAAGUUCCACUUUUGGAGACUUAAAACUUGGGAUAAUAGCUGGAAUAAUCAACGUUUUAGUUACUUGCCCAUUAUGGGUAGUAAAUAGUCGUCUAAAAGUUGAAAAGCAAAAAUUCUUUACCGGUUUAUUAGAUGGCAUGGUUCAUAUAAUGAAUACAGAAGGAUUAUCAGCAUUAUGGUCUGGAGUAGGAUCCUCUUUAGUUCUAGUCUCAAAUCCAGCUAUUCAAUUCACAGUUUACGAAGCGUUAAAACGUAACAUUCCAGCGAAAUCAACUCUCGCUUUCUUUUUAAUGGGUGCUGCUGCUAAAGCUGUGGCUACAAUCUUGACUUACCCAAUUCAAUUGGCUCAAGCAAGACAACGUCAUGGGAAAAAUAAGAUCAACACUUUAGUAUUAUUGUAUGCUUUGCUCAAGAAAAAGGGGCCAGCUGCUUUGUUUAGUGGACUCGAAGCCAAACUCUAUCAAACUGUUCUAACUGCAGCUCUUAUGUUUGUUAUGUACGAAAAGAUUGUACGGUUUGUGUUUAUUAUAUUUUUAAGAAACCAUAGAAAGAAACUUGCUUAGUUCAAUCAUGUGUAUUUAUUUUAUUAUUUAUUAAUCUAAAUACGCUUAUGUAUAAUGUAUAAACAUGUAUAAUAUUCUGUUAUACAUGUUUGGAAAUAAACCAAAGAUUAUAAUCAAUCUUUUGUGAACACCCCUGGAUAUUCUUUUGUGAAUGUGGAUUGUGUGAUGUGUUUUAAAUAAAUUUUAAUACUCUUA